AUUGUAAGGAAUUAUCUAUGUAGUUUACAGACUAACCUCUAGCUCACAGACUAACCUCUGUAAUUCACAGAGUAACCUCUGUAGCUCACAGACUAACCUCUAGCUCACUAGAAAUGGAGAAUCGUGUAGUCAUGUUCCGUCACUGUGGGAAGGAUAUUUAUUGCUUUAAUGUACCCGAGCAGUGUCCGAUCUGUGGUCAGAGUCUCCUGGGACGAAGAUUAGAAGAUGCCCCGGUCAGUAUUCCCAACUCCUUUGUAGAUGGUCAUCACGAAAAGUGCUCAUUCCUGAUUAAACCGACUAAAGGAUCAUUCUUGAGAGAUUAUGAUGGGAGAUCUGAUCUUCAUGUUGGAAUUUCAAAUACCAGUGGAGUUGUGUAUAAUUACAUUGAAACUGGUGUCCAGAGAGAUGGUUGUGGUUGGGAAGAAUGUGUUUGUGUUCCACUAGUACAACCAGACAUGUACAGUUUAAUUAACCAGUGGGAUAUUUACUUGGAGCAGUUUUCCACAGCUGAUUUAUGGCUACCAAACAGGUACAAUGAAUAUGAGCACAACUGCUAUUCCUAUGCGUUGACCUUCAUCAACCGUGUGUUGGCAGCACAAAGUAAACGACAGUUGAGUAGGACUGAAUUUACCGAGAGGUUUGUGGUUCCACAGACAAAACGAGCCUCCAGGUAUAUCACACUUCAUCGAGAGUUAUGCAGAAGCUACUUUUAUAUCGCAGAUGGCUUACAAUCUGAAGAAAUCAGCAGCCGGUUUUUUUAAAGAAAAAUUAGAUUUAAUCAUAUAAGAAGAAAUAUACUUGGAAGAAAAUGAUUAAAAUUACCACCAUAUUAAUAGCACCACAUUUCAUAAUGUUUUCAAUUGGUAAUAAAAAUACACU